CAAAAUCAACGUCUCUGAUCUCUUGCCGAGGAUUCAACGAGCGCCUCGAUUUUUAUUUUUUGUAAUUUCGUCCCCUCACAAGUUCUCAGUUUCUCACUUCCGUUUGGUCUGUUCGCAGGUUGCAGAGGAAGGAGUUGGUACCUAAGAGUUCAUUUCAAGAUGGAUUGGCAAGGGCAGAAGCUAGCUGAGCAGCUGAUGCAGAUACUGCUACUGGUCUUCGCCGUUGUGGGUUUCGCCACCGGUUACAUAACCGGAUCGUUCCAGAUGAUGACUCUGACUUAUGCUGGUGGCGUGGUUCUCACCACAUUGGUCACCAUCCCCAAUUGGCCCUUCUUCAAUCGCCACCCCCUCAAGUGGUUGGACCCGAGCGAAGCCGAGAAGCAUCCCAAGCCGCAGCCGCAGCAGCUCGCGAGCUCGAAGAAGAAAUCCUCCAAGAAGUAAGAAGUAGGUCAUCACAUCAAUGGAUUUAAUGAGAUAUUAACAUUGUUCUGAGACAUAUAUAUAUUUUCAGCAGUCAUACAAUGAGACUAGAAGAGAUUUUCUUGGUAUUUGCUGCUGCGUUUAUGUGAUCUUGUUUUAAUUGUUUGGUUUUCUGAUUCAGAAAUAUGAAACCCUUUGAUUUUC